AUGGAUAAAUCCACGGAGGCCACAGCCCAGGCUGUCCCCCAUGACCCUGUGCUGGAUCCAGAGAACCAACAUCACCACACUCAUCACCACCAUACAACCUACGCCGAAGAAGGUCGCCAAGAUGAAGUAGUCUACUCCAGCGAUGUCAAGUUCGACAAAGCCGUGGUCCCCGAACCGACACCACUGGAUCACGAGAGCAAGUCCAGCUCUAGGGAUGAAGAAGCUGCUGAAAGCUACCCCCAGCGAACAUGGUAUCGGCGCGCGAUGAAGCAUCGGAGACACGCCGUCCAUUUGGUCGUUUGGCUCUUAUUUACCGGCUGGUGGAUUGCUGGUCUGAUUUUGCAUCGGUCUGACCUCGGAUGGCUCAUCCCAUUCCUGCUGUAUCUUGCUAUCACCCUGCGCAUGAUCUUCUUCUAUGUUCCCAUCACCAUCGUGACGAAGCCUAUGAGCUUCGUGUGGUCACACACUGCCCGUGUGAUCGUGCGCGCGAUCCCAGAGAAGUUAAGGACGCCCGCUGGCGCCCUGGUAUGCAUUGCUGUAAUCAUCAUCGGAGCAUUCGCCUCCCCAGAGUCCGAAGAUAACACGCGUGCCAGCCGUGCCGUCAGUCUCUUCGGUAUGGUAGUCUUCAUCUUCGGCCUGUGGCUCACAUCCCGCAAUCGCAAGAAGAUCAUCUGGCACACUGUCAUCGUCGGCAUGCUGUCACAGUUCAUCAUCGCACUGUUUGUGCUCCGCUCCGGCGCAGGUUAUGACAUCUUCAACUUCAUCUCCGAGCUGGCUCGUGACCUCCUCGGAUUCGCCAUUGAAGGUGUAACCUUCCUGACCAGCGAUGACUUCUACAAGCUCGAAAAACCCUUCGCUCCUGCAAACUUCUUCCUCAUCAGCGUCAUCCCCGCCAUCAUCUUCUUCGUCUCCAUUGUCCAGCUCUUAUACUACACCAGCGUGCUGCAAUGGUUCAUCGGCAAAUUCGCCGUCUUCUUCUUCUGGAGCAUGCGCGUCUCCGGCGCCGAAGCCGUCGUUGCAGCCGCAUCACCUUUCAUCGGACAAGGCGAAUCAGCCAUGCUAAUCCGUCCCUUCAUCCCUCACCUCACAAUGGCCGAACUCCACCAAGUCAUGUGCUCCGGCUUCGCAACAAUCGCUGGAAGUGUCCUCAUCGCCUACAUCAGCAUGGGCGUUAACCCCCAGGCACUGGUGAGUUCCUGCGUCAUGAGUAUCCCAGCCUCCCUGGCAGUCUCGAAGCUGCGCUGGCCCGAAGAAGAAGAAACACUCACAGCCGGUCGUGUCGUCGUCCCCGAUAACGAAGAACACCGCUCCUCAAACGCCCUGCACGCUUUCUCCAGCGGUGCCUGGCUUGGUCUGAAAAUCGCCGCUAUGAUCGGGGCCACCCUGCUCUGUAUCAUCUCCCUCGUCGGUCUGGUUAACGGCCUCCUCACUUGGUGGGGCAGGUAUCUAAAUAUCAACGAUCCCCCUCUGACCCUGGAAUUGAUCGUCGGAUACAUCUGUUACCCGAUUGCUUUCUUACUCGGUGUUUCCCGUAACGGCGAUCUACUGAAGGUUGGCCAGCUAAUCGGUCUCAAGCUCGUUACUAACGAAUUUGUCGCCUACAAUGCUCUCCAAACCUCAGCAGACUACGCCGACCUCUCAGACCGCUCCCGUCUCAUCGCCACCUACGCUCUCUGUGGUUUCGCCAAUAUUGGAUCCCUGGGUAACCAGAUCGGUGUGCUGUCGCAGAUCGCGCCUUCUCGUGGUGGUGAUGUGUCGCGUGUUGCGUUCAGUGCUAUGAUUACUGGUGCUAUUAGUACUUUUACUAGUGCUACUAUUGCUGGUCUGCUUAUCACUAAUGAGAAGCAGUAUUUCAGUUCUUGA